CAACACUGUUGUCUCAGCUGUUUAUUUGGCAGUUUUUAUCAGACACUUUUCGCUAUUGGAUUUAUCAAAGUUUAAACGAAAUAAAUGUUUAAACAUGACUCGGACAUGUAGGAUAUGUGGCGGCGACGACGGUCGCUACUGGAUUGAAACGCCGGUGGAGAAAUACGCGGAGAAGACCUUCGGCCAGCUGCUGCUCGAGUUAACGCGGAUAGAGGUGGCCAUGGCGCAGGCGGAGAAGUUCCCCCAGUGGCUGUGCAUUGGAUGUGCCGAGAAGUUAGAGAGCACUUACGAUUUUGUGCUGCAGGCGCGGCAGACGCACGAACUCUGGCUGCAAAAACUAGAAAACUCUGUAGAUCGGAUGGACGACAUGGAAGGACCAGAGGCCUUGGAGUGCCUCCGCGAAACACCAAUCCACCUGUUCGAAAUAGAAGGCGUGACCAUCAAGACCGAGGAGCUGGCUCCCACGCACCUGGUGACUAAGGCUGAUCCUCUAGUGCGCUCGCGCUUUGUCAAACGGAGCAUUGUGCACUUUAGCGACUCGGAUGAUGACCAGGACGAUGUGCCCCUGCGUCAGCGAAAGAAAACUAGUUCACUCUGCGCCUCUGAACCGCCAAGGCAAAACGUUUGCGAACUGUGCAACAAGGCCUUUAGAUAUGUCACCAAUCUGUAUCGGCACAAGCAGAGGGAUCACGGCCUUCCUUGCAAAAACGGAGAAGACUUUGAUGAUAACUAUUACAAGUGCGACCAGUGCGACAAGUCCUACAUAUACGUGAUGGCGCUUGUAAAGCACAAACACAAAGAGCAUGGAGCUAGUCUGUUGCCCACCAAGAUGUCCAGGAGAAAGUUACCCGGAAGGCCAACGGCAUUGCCCGAGGAUGGCUGCCCAACUAGUCCAGCCUCCACCUCUGGAAACUCCACUCAUCGAAGCAGGACCAAUAACGACACCCUCGUGCACAGCAUUAUCAAAGCAGUAGAACUCUCGGAUGAAGACGGGAACAGCAACGUGGAUAAUUACUACAAAUGCGAUAGCUGCAGCAAAAGCUAUAAGUACAUCGUGAGCUUGAUCAAGCACAAACAUAAGGAGCAUUCGGACAAACAGACGGACAAGCAUUCGGAGACAGAGGACGAUCAGCCACUGCCCUCGACCUCCUCCGCGGCAGUUGCCCGAGCCGCCAAACCAUCGAGGAUUAACCGACGAGUCGAUGGCUUCGAUUACCAUCGAUGCGAGCCUAAUGGCGCCAAGGAAAUUAAAUGUAUGAUAUGUUUGCGACGCUUCACCAAAUUGCGAGAGCUCAGGGAUCACUUGCAGAAGCAUCCCACUGACUUCGAUUUUGAGGCGCAUGGCGAGCCCAUUGAGCGCAUUGCGGAAGGUUUUUUUAAGACAGCCGUGGAGUCCACGACGGAGGGUUUGAAGCGGAGGAUCUUUCGAGAUCUCAGGAUGGGUGUUUAUGGACGCUACUAUUCUAUAACAAAUCAAGCUCGUUAUGAAAUGACACUAGACAGCUCUGAUACGGACAGCGAUGGCGAGAGUGAGGAGGAUGUCGUUAUCCGGCGAAGCUAUUCCUGCGAGCUAUGCGACUCCCCGGAGACCAGGUGGCCGCGCAAGUAUCUACUGCACCAGCACCACCGGAAGGAGCACACCUGGCUGGAUGCGCCGCAUGUCUGCCAGCGCUGUGACUCGCGGUUCCUCAGUGUUAGGUUGCUGGAGCACCACACAAGCCAGCUGUGCCAGAACACUCUGAAGCGAUUCAUGUGCGACAAAUGCCCUCAACGUUUCUUUUGGCGCCGGAAUCUUCGUGCCCAUCUCGUCGAGCACAAAAGCAAGCAAGAGACCUACCCGUGCGAUCUGUGCUCCCGCAGCUUUCAAGACAAAAGCGCCGUGACCAAACACAAGCUAAUGAUACACCGGGAUAGCAACAUGCAGCUCUUUCCCUGCCGCUGGUGCACACGGACCUUCUACCGCCCUGCCCUGCUGUUCAAGCACCUACAGCGGCACGGAUUUACUGGCCAUGACCUGCCGCUGGCUGAAACUUUGCUGGCUGAUGCGUCAAAACCGGCAGGGCCGAAGAGCAUCCAGUGCAGGAUGUGUGAGAUCAAGUUCAUAAGCGUGGCGGAUUUGCGCCGGCACAUAUCCAUGCAGGGACACAGCGAUCAGCCUUCAGCCUACAUGAUCAGCACUGCAGCUGGAUUUGAGCUGCUUCUUGAGGAUACGGACGACAGUGAUGAGGAAAGCUCUAAUAGAUCGUACACCUGCGACCUAUGUGAUAUGAUCUUCCGGCGCCGACGAGAGUUGAGUGAACACCAGUACUCGCUUCAUUGUUUCGACAAGCUUCCUUAUUCCUGCGACCACUGCAUUUUCAAGACUGUGGAUAAAUACAUGCUGGAUCAACACCUUCGCACCCAAUGUUUGAACAACGAGAAAAAGUUUGUCUGCUCGCGCUGUGGCUACAAGUUCAUGUGGGAGGAGAACCUAACCCAGCACCUGGCCACCCAGCAUCCCAAGCAACCUACAGUCUUAGAGCAGCAGCCACCGCUUAGGAGGAAGAGACGCUUCCGCUACCCGUGUCCCCACUGCUGGCGGUCCUUCGUUGUGGAGCCAAGCCUGCAGAAGCACAUAAGGGACAUGCACCUGGCCAAAAAAAACCCAGUCAAGAAGUACCUUUGCUCCCUAUGCGGCCUGGAGUCGCUGACGCCCAACAAACUAAGCAUCCAUAUGCGGCGUCACAUGGGCGAGAAACCCUUCAAAUGCGAUCUCUGCGACAUGCGCUUCACGGUACACUAUGAGCUUAAGGUGCACCACCGGAGACACACCGGCGAGCGGCCCUACCAGUGCAACUUUUGCUCCAAGGACUUCGCAAGGCAGGACAAGCUGAAGCGGCACGUCCUAACCCACAACGUCAAAUCGUAGGAUAAUGAUUCGAGGACUAACUGAUAAAUAAUGAAUAAUUCUAGGGUAAUUUUCAUUAAGAUCUAAGUCUGUUGAAAGGACAUUACAUACACAUUUUA